AUGCUUGGACGUAUUCUUCCUGUUCAGGCUGCACAAGCGCCUGAUGACACGUCCGUGAGUAUGUUCAGCGAUACUUCGAAACUGGAGGACGACGAUGGAUCAGGCGUUCGUGAACGUUUUCACGAAGUCGAUCUACCAAAGUCGGUGUUUGUGAACGAAACAGUGACAGCUAAAGUGACCGUUGUGGCGUUGAAUAUUGAACGAGAAACAACGGUAAGUUUAUCAUUUUAG